GAGCGCGUCAAAAAAGACCAUCCUUUUCUGAUCGAACGCUAGAAACAAUUUGAAGGAGACGUCCCAUCAAAAAUUCCAAAAACCCCUUCGCACGUAUCACUAAAACACUUACAAAAUCGGCUCAACCGCUCAACAAAAACAAAAAAUCAUAAAACAAUUUCCGCUUACCUCGACUAUAGCUCCGAAUUUUCAUUAGUCCCCACGUUCCGAAGGAAAUUUUUGCAGAAUCGGUUAACCUGCUCCUGCGCUCUUUCUUUCCCUCAUCCACGAGUUUUGGCAGCAACAGAGAUUUGAAAAGGUUUUUGUGUUGUUUCCUUUUGUUCACUGUUGCUAGUAGGAGCUAAUUAUGGACAGGAAGAACCUCUAUGCGCCUCCGAGUUCCAUUCCGGACAUUAGAGCAGGUUUGAGAGCUGGCUCAAAAAUGGGAGCUACCCAAGUUCAGAUCCCUUUCAGCGAGAAAAUGGCUAUCAGCUUGGCAAGUGGGGUUAUCAUGGCCGUCUGCGUGAUGAUUUCGCAACGACUCUUCGGUCAGAUGUGGAUCGGUGUCAUUCUAGGGACGUUGUUCUCCACCAAGUUCCUGCACUCCAGAUUCGAUCAGCCGAAACUCGCUCAAGUGUCGGAAGCACUUGGACGCUUCGCCGGUAAACGAAGGUUGAACCGUCGCUACGAAGGUUCUUCGUGCUGGCACAGGGACUCUUGUCAACGAGGUCAACCCUGUGUUUAA